UCGUUGUCAACAACUGUCUGGCAACAUCGAACUUCUUUCUAGUAUAGUGAAGUGCUGUUGCGGCCCUUGACUGGCGAUAACAAAAUGGCUCGAGCUGUGAAAGGCAAGCAGAGCGGUGCUGCCAAAGCCCGCAGUGGACAAGAUAAAGUUGUGACACGCGAAUGCACCAUCAGAUUGACCGCCCGCCUCCACCGCGUCACCAGACUCAAGCGAGCACCCAGGGCAGUAAAAGAGGUCCGCAAAUUCGCCCAGAAGGAAAUGAAAACCGAGGAUGUCCGAAUUGAUCCUCGUCUCUGCAAAUAUUUGUGGCAUAACGGUAUCAGAGCCGUACCGAGGCGUGUGCGCGUGCGUCUGUCUCGUCGUCGCAACAAGGACGAAGACUCAGUGCACCAAUACUACACGCUGGUGACGCACGUGCCUGUCACCUCCUUCAAGGGACUCACCACCGACAACGUCGAGGAAACCAACGAUGAAUAAAUACACUCGUCGUCUGGAA